AUGGCUCGGAAAAAACUGCACAAGUCCAACAAAGAACGCCAAGAAGCUGCUAAGGGAUACAGAAAGGUGUAUUAUGAGAGAAACAAAGUCGCCAUCUUGAAAAAGAUGAAAUUAAAGUAUCAUGAUAGUACAUCGAAGCAUCCGCAGCAUCCAAGGUAUCUACGCACAACCCUUCAGAACUCCGAGUCAAACGAUACAGGAGACAGCGGCGAUACAGGAGCCAGCGACCUCACUACUAGAUUAUCUGAACCACAGAUUAAAUUCCAUAGGCUUGUCAAUGGGUCCACCCAUAAGUUCUUGGAUGACCUGGUGUUGCAGUAUACGGGUAGCACUCGUUCCGAAGACUCACGGCGGCCUAUUCUGGAUGCACUUGAUAUCGCUCAAGAGGCCGAAGAAGCAGUUACAAGAAGUGGAGAUGAUGGCGUCAAAACGUUAAAUCCCCAUCACGAAAUUCAAAGAGAGCGAAAGAUGGUUGCUAGUGAAUGGACAUCUAAGGAGCAGAAGGAGUGGUUAACGGCACAGCUUCCCGGGUAUCAAAAGUGCUCGACUAAAUCUAGCUAUGCAAAGUUCUGGCCCCCCAUCUAUGAGCAAUGGGAGCAGCAAUGGCCCAUAUAUAAAGAGCUCUGGCCAGAACUUCCCGAUGAGGAUGGUCUGAAUGUUACAACCACUGUUUCUUACUAUUGUAUACUUUCACGCUUCGCGCAAUAUGCCUUCCCUUUUUGGUCUUGUACUUACUAUCUCACGAUGACUUGGUCUGUGCACACAUAUGGACCUAUUUAA